GUUUCGCUCGACUCGCCAGAUGGCCUGAGCACUUUAGCGGUAUGCAGAGGACAGUCGUGAGCUGUCCGGGCAAAGUUCUCCUCGCAGGUGGCUAUCUCGUCCUCGACCGAGCCCACCAAGGCCUGGUCCUCGCCACGACAUCACGGUUCUACACUUUCGUCUCGUCUACUGCUGCUGCCCACUCCUCAGCAACCAUCACCGUCACAGCCAGCCAGUUCGAGCGCGAACAAUGGCAGUAUGCAGUGUCGUGGUCGGACGAUCAUAUCUCGCUGCAAGGCAUCGCGGUCCAAGGAGCUUCGAGCGAUAGGAAUUCAUUCGUUGAGACUGCUAUACGAGCUGCGCUACAAGUAGUACAAGCGGACAGGCCAGGAAAUUGGUCACUGCCGGAUCUGCAGAUCCACAUCGUCGGUGACAACGAUUUCUACUCUCAGCCGCGACAGGCAUCGUCUGGAUCCACUUCUACUGGGAAGAAGUUUGCAAAGCUCAAAGAGACACUGAGGACCGUGCACAAGACCGGUCUGGGCUCCAGUGCGGCGAUGGUCACGUCACUUGUAGGCGCAAUACUUGUACAUCUACUCCAGCUCGACCCGACGAACUCGCUGUCGGAUAAGCAUUACAUACAUAACGUAGCACAGUAUGCGCACUCGCUAGCUCAAGGGAAGAUUGGCAGCGGCUUCGACGUCUCCUCUGCCGUAUGGGGCUCGCACAUCUACACGCGAUUUGACCCAGCCUGUCUCGACAAUGUGCUCAGCGAGCGAUUGCCGAGUACACAGCUCAGAAGUCGCUUGAAGGGCGGACAAGGGACAUUGUGGGAUGCCCCUGAGACAUGCGCGAGAGUGCGACCACUCGCCCUGCCGCCUUUGACCUGCCUGUGCCUCGCCGACGUGGACACGGGAAGUCACACGCCUAGCAUGGUGUCUAAGGUCCUCACCUGGAUGCGCGAAUCACCCGAAGAAGCCAGCGAAAGGAUAGAGCAACUGGACUCGCUAAACGAAUAUCUGGCGAAUGUCUUCUCGCAUCUCAAUGAAAGCUACGAGCGCAGUCCACGAGCAUAUGCAUCCGUUGUCGCCGCCUUGCGAAGACUGUCUUCCUCGAGAUGGCAUGAGAGCUAUACGACAAUCUCUGCAGCAGAUCACGACAUUCUUGGAGGCUUCAUCGAUGCAGCUGCAACGACCAAGGCAAUACGAGCUAGUAUGAAAGCAAUGGGACAGGCUGCUGGCGUCCCCAUAGAACCACAAGAGCAGACCGACAUUCUUGACAGCUGUCAGACUCAAUGCCUCGGCAUGAUCGGCGGCGGCGUUCCAGGAGCGGGCGGGUACGAUGCGCUAUGGAUGCUGACCGUAGCAACCUCGGACGAUUCGAUAGCUCAGCUAGAGGCACAAUGGACAGCCUGGAGAUCCAUGUCGGUCAGGCCGCUCUCUUCUGCGGCACGAGUCUACGGACCGGAUCAGUCCCGCAUAGAUGCAGUAAAAGAGGGUCUACACGUACACGACCAGCAGGACGUAGCGCAGCUAUGGCAAGCAAUACUCUCUUGACUUUCGUGCAAGCAGGAUGCAAUGCAGAACGUGUACAGAGG